AAAAAUAGUACAUAAAUGCAUCGUCUUCCUAGCUGUCGUGCACGGGACAGCUUGAAAUAUGAAACUGCGUUUAAAGCGCGGGGUCAGAGUCGGAGAGUGAGGCGCAGCCGCAGCGCCCAUAACUUCCCCAUUCAUUCCUCAAGUCGGCACCAUAUCCAUACUCUAAGAUGUUUUGAUUCAGUCGGGAGUUCCGGCAUGGCGAUUGCGGCGGCAGCUGUUAUCGUCCCAGUGGGCGUUCUUUUCUUCAUUUCCGGUCUUUUCACCAAUGCCAUUCAGGCUAUUUGCUAUGUUGUUAUAAGACCAUUCUCAAAGAGCACAUACAGGAGGAUAAAUAGGCUGUUUGCAGAGCUGUUGUGGCUGGAGCUUGUGUGGCUGAUUGAUUGGUGGGCUGGUGUCAAGGUCCAAUUGUAUACAGAUCCGGAGACAUUUAAACUUAUGGGUAAAGAACAUGCUCUCUUAAUAUCUAAUCACAGAAGUGACAUAGAUUGGGUUGUUGGAUGGGUUUUAGCUCAGCGAUCAGGUUGCCUUGGUAGCACACUAGCUGUAAUGAAAAAAUCAUCUGUUUACCUUCCAGUAAUUGGUUGGUCCAUGUUUUUCUCUGAGUACCUUUUCCUUGAAAGAAGUUGGGCCAAGGAUGAGAGCACAUUGAAGUCAGGUCUUAAAAGGCUACAGGAUUACCCACUUCCUUUUUGGUUGGCACUUUUUGUUGAAGGCACUCGCUUUACACAGGCAAAGCUUUUAGCUGCUCAAGAAUAUGCUGCAUCUACAGGUUUACCAAUUCCAAGGAAUGUUUUGAUUCCUCGUACUAAGGGUUUUGUUACCGCAGUAAAUCACAUGCGGUCAUUUGUUCCUGCUAUUUAUGAGGUGACAGUUGCUAUUCCUAAAAGUUCACCAGCCCCAACAAUGCUACGAAUUUUCAAGGGUCAGCCUUCUGUGGUGCAUAUUCAUAUGAAGCGGCAUAUGAUGAAGGAUUUGCCAGAAAAUGAUGAUGACAUAGCUCAAUGGUGUAGGGAUGUCUUUGUUGCCAAGGACAAGUUAUUAGACAAACAUAUUACUGAAGACUCCUUUGGAGAAGAAAAGCUGCAAAACAUUGGCCGGCCAGCGAAAUCCCUUGUGGUUGUUGUAUCUUGGGCAUGUUUGCUAAUUGUAGGGGCCAUUAAACUCUUCCAAUCUUCACCACUUUUAUCUUCAUGGAAGGGUAUCACAGUUUCAGCCACACUGUUGGCUGUCAUUACCAUUCUUAUGCAGAUACUGAUUAAUUUCACACAGUUGGAGCGCUCAACGCCUGCCAAGGUUGCACCAGCAAAGCGACAGAAUGGGAAAAAAGUCGUGGAGAAUGGGCAGCGAAAAGACGAGUGAAUCACAAUGGUUAUCCCCUCCCAGAUAGCAAUGGUCCCUUCUUCAUCACCUAUAGAUGCUCAUUUUCUGAAGUAGAAGAUGAGCUUAUGUAUUAUGUAGUGAACAUGAUUAUAUGCUCAAAUUUUUGUAUGAGAUUUAUGCUACUUAGUCUUUUAUAUCUCACAGAAAACAAUGAUAUGAUCAACCUCACUUGAAUCCUAAGAGUAUUAAUUCUCUAGCAUAUACUCUUUGAUCCAA